AUGGCUGCAGCAGCUCUGGUCAUCACAAAACCACAUUCAAAGAAGCGGUCAAGGCGUCACUCUGAAACACUCGGGAAGUUUGAAACAACAGGGCGAGCAGCCGCGCCGAGGAAAGCUGACGCCCUCGCGGGACCCGCGGCGCCGCCGCCCGCCCGACACGCCGCCCCCGAGCCGGCGCCGCGCGGACAGCGGCCGCGAGCCCGCUUCACUUUCUCCACUCCACGCGACCCGGGGUUAACGUCAGAGCUGCCUGCGCGUCUCCUCGCACGGCCGCCGGGCUUUCGGGCACCGCCGGACGCGGGCGCGACUUCGGAGCUGGGCGCCAGGGAGGCGGCAUCUCCGCCCGCGGCGGACGCCCAUUCAUUCUCCCGGCGGCCGCGGCCCGCACGCGAGGGCCCCGCCGCCCCGGCCCCCGGCCCCGCCCACCAGGAGGCAGCGGCCAGCCCUCCUGCGGAACUCGGAGGCCGAGGGCCACCGCCGGCCAAGGACACAGAGGUGACACGCUCCUCGCCCCGCACCGCCGGGGCCCGCCCGCACUCCGGCCCGGGCGCGCAGCCUCGUCGGGGCCGCGGCCCUGCGGGGGCCCAGGGCGCCAGGCACCAGCCCGACCCCCGGAGGCCGCUUCCUCCCGCGCGCCCCCACCCGCCAAGCACGGCCCGCGGCGGCCCGGCCGUACCGCCGCUCCGGGCACGGGGCUCGCCGGGCGCCGAUCGGCGCAGGGAGCCAGCCAGGGCCGCCCGCCCGCGCCGGCCCUCCCCCCGCACUUCCCACCGGCCCUCCCGCAUCCCAGCCCCCAAGGCCAAGGUCUCCCCGGCCCACAAACCUGAUAGCGGAAGUGACGUCAGGGGGACCUGGCGGCGCCCGCAGCCAGUCACGCCACAGCGGGAGGCGGCGCCGGCCAACGGGCGCGGGCCGGGGGCGCUGGGCGGGAAGCGGAGGGGGUUGGGGCCAGCCGGCCACGCGGCGCCCAUCCCCCGCCCGCCCGCCCAGCCGGCCGCGCCGCCGCCCGCCCCGACCAGGCCGCCGCCGGCCAGCCUGCAGCACUGCCCUUCUCCCGCCGCCGCGCGGCCGGGGCUCCAACGGAAGGAAGAUGGCGACGGGGCCGCGCUAGCCGUCCCGCCUCCGUACCCACCUCAGGCUCGCGGAGAAGGCUGCCGCCCGCCGUCGUCUUCCGCGGGGACAGCCGGGUCCUCGCGCCCGCCGCCGCCGUCCGCCGCCGCCCGAGAGCCGCGCGCGAGGACCCAGAUGGAGGCGCGGGCGGGCGGGCCGCGGCGGCCUGAGGGAAAGCGGCGCGGGCGCCGGGAGGCCGAGGCGGGGGCGGGCGCGAGGGCAACGCGCGAGCCCAUUGGCCGCGCCGCCUGA